CAACGAGGGUGGAGCUCCGAGCGCAGCGCAUGAGUGUUCGUCUUUUGCAGUGGCGCGAAGCCGCGGAAGGGGUUUCUUUGGACUGCCCGGUUUCACCAAACCCUCCGCUUCCACUCGGCGGUGGCCGGAGCCGGGAAGCGCCCCCUUAAACAAGGAAAUUCUUCCCUGCCCCAGCCGCUCUGCUGCAGCUUGCAGGGGGUCACCUCCGUCCACCGGGGAGGUUAUGAAGCUCACUAAAGCCCAGUACGAAGAGGUGGUUCAGUUCCUGGCUCAGGUACCGCCUACCAGGCAGAGCCUGAGAAAACUGAAGGCAAAAUUCCCCAGUCAAUCGCAGUCCACUCUGCUGAGCAUCUUCUCCCAGGAGUACCAGAAAUUAAUCAAAAGAACGCACGCAAAACAUCAUACACCAGAGGCAACUGAAGCUUACUAUCAAAGAUACCUGAAAGGUGUGUCUAAAAAUGCAGCUUCUCCUGUAUUAUUGGAACUGGCCAAUGAGGUGGAUUUUGCCCCAUCACUUAUGGCUCGAAUUGUGUUAGAAAGAUUUCUACAAGAGCAAGAUGGAUCAGUACCUUCAAAAACUCUCAUAAACAGUCUGCUACGGGAUCCUUCUCAGAUUCCAGAUGGACUCUUAGCCAAUCAGGUCUAUCAGUGCAUUGUGAAUGACUAUUGUUAUGGACCAGUGGUGGACUGCAUCAAACAUGCAAUUGGAUAUGAACAUGAAGUCUUACUGCAAGAAAUGCUUCUGGAGAGAAAUAUAUCAUUUUUAGCUGAAGAUCAGUUACGUGCAAAGGGUUAUGACAAAACACCAGACUUCAUAUUAGAAGUGCCAAUUGCUGUAGAAGGUCACAUCAUUCAUUGGAUUGAAAGCAAAGCCUCUUUUGGUGAUGAAUGCAGCCAUCAAGCAUACUUAAAUGACCAGUUUUGGAGUUACUGGAACAGAUUUGGUCCCGGAUUAGUGAUCUAUUGGUAUGGAUUUAUCGAGGAACUAGACUGUCAUCGCACCCGGGGUAUCUUGCUCAAAGACUGUUUCCCGACUGACAUUGCUGUCCUUUGAGGCAGAAUGGCUGAGCCACGAAGGUGGAAAAGGCAAAUCCGGAAGCAAUUUUAUUUUCCUGAAGUAUAAACUACUGGCAACAUCUGUCCUGAACUUCAGCUGAACUCUUACUGGCUGGGAUCACCCUACCACCUCUUUAGACAAACACGUCAAGAGUCUCUGUUUUACUUCAACCCCCUGCUGAUGCAAGCAGCCAAAAAAUACCGACACAGCCCCAAACAUUAUCAGCAUUUCUGCCUCUGUCAAACAGUUUAUAGAUAGCUGUAAUCUUUCUUCCUUCCGGAUGGCUUCUCUUUGCACUUUCAACAAAAGAAGAAAUGUAGAGGUCAAAAGGUGUGGUUUUUAGUUUUCCUCCCUAUAGCAGAGUCACCUUAAAAAAAGAAAAUGUCUUCAGUCCCAAAACUUUUUCCUGGUAAAUGUUAAAAAUCUUGCUAAUAAAAAGGUAAUUAAUGUCAAUCUCCAUUUUCCCAGGCUCAUUUUGGGCCAAAACAGGAUAAAAAAGAAAUUCACUCAUUGGUGCAUUGUUCUAAGCCUGAAUUUCUUGACUUUUAGGAUAUUACCAAACAGUUGACACUUCUAUAAGUAUCUAGUGUUGUUGAAAGUGGAAACAUAAAACUGCAGAAAUGCUUUAUCUUCAAACAAAAAGCUUCUAUAUUGUUUCUUGAAUUAAAACGUAGGCAUGUUUAUGGAUUUUAGAAGAUGUAACGGACAUUUUAAUGCUGAUGUUUUAAAGCAAAAUAAAGUGGGUCAUUGUUUUAACCUU